AUGGAAAAUCCUAAGCUCAUAAUCCUCUUCUUUCUCUUUAUCCUCCUGCCAUCAUCACUCCCCGCAGUGAUUAAGGUUGAACAAGGCAAAGAUGAGCCAUAUGUGGGAGUGAACAUAGGCACAGAUUAUUCCGACGCGCUUUCGCCGGAGGAAUUGGCUUCUUUUCUGCAGUUACAAAAGAUAACACAUGUAAGGCUGUACGAUGCUGAUGAUAAAAUUCUCAAGGCACUGGCAAAAACCCAUAUUAGAGUCAUUAUAAGUGUGCCCAACAACCAGCUUAUUGCAAUUGGGUCCUCCAACGCUACCGCGGCCGCCUGGAUUGGCCGCAACGUGGCGGCGUACUACCCGGAAACACUCAUCACCGCCGUGGCAGUGGGUGAUGAAGUCUUGAGCACUAUUCCAAGUUCAGCUCCUUUGCUUAUGCCUGCAAUUGAGUCUCUGUACACUGCUUUAGUGGCUGCAAAUUUGCAUACUCAAAUCAAGAUUUCAACUCCCAAUUCUUUUUCCAUUGUUCUCGACUCAUUUCCACCUUCCCAAUCCUAUUUUAAUCGAACUUUAAGUCCUGUUAUUUCCCAAUUGUUGAAGUUUUUGUCAAGAACCCAAUCACCUUUGAUGAUGAACUUGUACCCUUACUAUGUGUUUAUGCAGAAUAAUGGGGUUGUACCUUUGGAUAAUUCUCUAUUCAAACCCUUAACGCCCACUAAAGAAAUGGUUGAUUCCAAUACUUUGCUGCAUUACACUAAUGUUCUUGAUGCCAUGAUUGAUUCUGUGUAUUUUUCGAUGAAGAAUCUUAAUGUCACUGAUGUAGUGGUACUUGUUACUGAAACUGGGUGGCCAACAAAGGGAGAUUCAAAGGAGCCCUAUGCAACAAUUGAUAAUUCGAAUACGUAUAACUCGAAUUUGAUUAAGCACAUUCUUGAUCGAAGUGGUACACCGUUGCACUCUGACAUCACUUCUAGUGUGUACAUAUAUGAGUUGUUCAACGAGGACUUGAGGUCUCCUCCUAUCUCGGAGGCACAUUGGGGGCUGUUUUAUGGGAAUUCAAAUCCUGUUUACUUGCUUCAUGAGUCGGGGAGUGGCACAUUCUUGGCAAAUGAUUCCACGAAUCAAACGUAUUGUGUAGCGACCGAUGGGACUGAUACAAAGACGUUGCAGAAAGCGUUGGAUUGGGCAUGUGGACCGGGGACGGCGAAUUGUGCAGAGAUCCAGGCAGGGGAAAAUUGUUAUCUGCCUAAUAAUAUGUAUAAUCACGCUUCUUAUGCAUUUGAUAGCUAUUAUCAGAAAGAGAAGAAGGCUCCUGGUUCUUGUGACUUCAAUGGUGCAGCCAUGAUCACUACAACUGAUCCAAGUCACGGGAAUUGUAUAUUUCCUGGAAGCAAGAAGGUAAGCAAGAAGACGAGGAGGCAGGUAGUGAACUCGACACAAGCAAGCGGUGUAGGCACUCUGAGAUUCUUCGGCAUUCCUAUAAGUUCCUUCAACAAGGAUUUACAUAUGGUGUUUUAUGAGUUCUCUCCAACACUAAAAAUGGCAUCCAAGAUUCUCCUUUUGGUUGUGAUUUAUGCAUUUGCUUGCACUAUCAAUGCAAGGACCCUUCCAAUUGAAAAGAACGCAGCGGAUGAGCAGACGACGUUCUUUCACCGACACUUUCCUCCUUAUCGCGGGGCUUUCAGUGGUAGGUUCGGGGCUGGCAGAGGAGCUGGCAUGGGGGGUGUAGGAGCAGGGUUUGGUGGAGGGUCUGGCUUCGGUGCUGGUUCUGGUGCUGGUGCGGGUGACCUUGGUGAAGGAUUUGGUGGUGGACAAGGCAACGGGGCUGGAGCCAGAGGAAGUGGGAUUGGGUCCGGUGGCAACGGAGGAACUGGUGGAGGGUUUGGUGGUGGCGGAGGGAUGGGUACUGGAUUUGGCGGAGGAGCUAAUGGAGGAUUUGGAGGUGGACUGUCCUAA